UCAUGAAAAAUACUCAAAAUAUAUGUAAUUGUUCCAGAUUGUCCCCAAAGCCUCUGCAGCAGUUUUUCAGGCAACACAGCUAAAGUGGGAAGGAAGUAUUGCCUGUAAUUGUCAUUUUGCUCCUUCAGUGGGAGCAGGAAAAAGAAUGAAUCUAACCCAUUAUAAUGCACAUGCAUUUUUAAAUACGUGUUACUGCUGCAGCAGUAGUCUACACACUUGCAGUGAGAGCAUGCCUUUUCUUUUCUUUUCUCCUUCACAUUAGUAAUAAUCUCAUUCUCACUUCUCCCCUUGACACACCUAUCUUCUUACUCAAUUUCUCAGCCAGUCUACCUUCAACUCUUUCCUCUUUACUGGGUGCUAUUCCCUUGUGAAAAGCUGUCUAUUGCAUAAUUUGUUAUCUCAAUUUUAAACAUAAAUACAGUAAAUUACAUAAAAUUAAAAUCUUAAAUGAUUUAGCUGAAAGUUUAUAACUAUUUUGUACUCUGAAAUAAAUUAUUAUUAUUAUUACUUCUGUUACUACUUUAACCUGUACCCUCUGGGAUCCAAAGUGGCUCAUUAUUUAUAUAAUCUGGAAUGUGCUAGCCUGGAAUUUUUCCUACUUUUAAUCUGUUAAUAUAGGCCUUAGUCCACUUUUUAAAGGUUUCUGUUUAUUUGGAGUGGGAAAAUGUGACCAGUGUGGUUCCAGGCGUAGCUACUUGUGCCAGAACAAUAAAAUUAAGCAGCUGGCAUGUUGUAGGUGGCGUGUGUCACAGAAAUGCAUUUUCCUCCUUGAAACUAGAAAUGAGUAGAGAUUUGUCAUUUGAACAAUGAUCAUCUUCAACGGAUCUGGGUAGUGGAGAGACAUAAUAAUCCUUUCUGAGAGCUGAGGAAAGCAGUGUCAAAAGAACAGUACUGGCAGCAAGGGAGUAACUGCAGUGAGGGCCAUUGAGCUGUGUCCUGCCUUUCAUCCAAGAAAUGUCCAUUUAUUUGAGUGGAAAAUCUGAACCACUGAACUUCUAGGUUUGGAUGCUUGUGCUACAAAAAAUGUAAAAAGUAAGGAGAAGUAUGAUUAGGCAUGGAAAGCAGCAGCAGCUUUUGAUUUCCUCACCUUCUUUGCAAAUGUGGAUCAGUGGUAGAAGCUACACAGAGAAAUAUUGUGUUCUAAAUUAAAGUGGAGACUUUUUUUCCAAUCCCACCUCUCCCCGCCCCCCAAAAAAUCAACUCGACAAUAACCAGGAUGUGGUGUCCCACGUUCAUUUAUGAAGCAAUAACAACAUUUUAUUAUGGUCCAAAGACUCUUAUUGUACCAGUGGUGUACACAGUAUGUAGAAUAAUGAGAUUAACAACACACAAAUGGGUAAAAUUUACAACAGUUAAAAACUGUUUAAAAACAUGUUGGAUCCCAGGAGAUACAGGUUAAAACUAACAACAGCAAUAAUGUUCAUGGCCAGAAUCACUGGGUUGCUGUGAGUUUUCUGGGCUAUGUGACCAUAUUCCAGAAGCAUUCUCUCCUGACAUUUUUCGCCCACAUCUAUGGCAGGCGUCCUCAGUGGUUGUGAGAUCUGAUGGAAACUAGGCAAGAGGGGUUUAUAUAUCUGGAAUGUCCAGGAUGGGGAAAGAACUCUUGUCUGUGAGGGGCAAGUGUGAAUGUUGCAAUUGGCCACCUUGAUUAGCAUUGAAUUGCCUUAUAGCUUCAAAGCAUUGCUGCUUCCUGCAUGGGAGAAUCCUUUGUUGGGUGGUGUUAGCUGGUCCUGAUAGUUUCCUGUGUGGAAUUACCCUGUUCUUUAUUUACUGUCUUGAUUUUAGAGUUUUUUUAAUUCAGGUAGCCAGAAUUUGCUCAUUUUCAUGGUUUCCUCCUUUCUAUUGAAAUUGUCCACAUGCUUAUGGAUUUCAAUGGCUUCUCUGUGUAGUCUGACAUAGUGGUUGUUAGAGUUGUCCAUCAUUUCUGUGUUCUCAAAUAAUAAUAUGCUGUGUCCAGCUUGGUUCAUCAAGGGCUUUGCUGUGGCUAACUUCUCUGGUUGAGUUAGUCUGCAGUGCCUUUCAUGUUCCAUGCUUUGUGUAUGGGCAAUGCUGCGUUUGGUGGUCCCUAUGGAGACUUGUCCAUAGCUGCAUAGUAUAUAGUAGACUCCUGCAGAGUUGAGAGGUUCCCUUUUGUCCUGUAGCAUUUCUUGGAUUUUUUUAGUGGGUCUGUAGUUUGUAGGUUGUGUUUCUUCACCAGCUUCAGCUUCAGAUGUGAGUGACACGUCAGGAGAGGAUGCUUCUGGAACAUGGCCAUACAGCCUGGAAAACUCACAGCAGCCCAGUGAUUCCGGCCAUGAAGGCCUUCAACAACACACAUGUUUCUUUUAUUUUUCUCUUUCGUGGAUGCCAUGCUCUUUGGAAGCUUAUUUAGACCAAGUUCUAGCUCGGGCUGUGGUGCAGGCUGGAGAGCGGCUGCAAUGAAUCACUGCAAUGAAUCACUCUGACCAGGAGGUCAUGAGUUCGAGGCCCGCUCGGAGCCUAUGUUUGUUUGUCUUUGUUCUAUGUUAAAAGGUAUUGAGUGUUUGCCUAUAAGUGUAAUGUGAUCCGCCCUGAGUCCCCUUCGGGGUGAGAAGGGCGGAAUAUAAAUGCUGUAAAUAUAUAAAUAAAUAAAUUUGAGGCUUCCUCCAUGUGAAUAAAUAGGAGUGAAUAAUAAGGAGUAUAUGGAGCCUCCGGUGGCUCAGUGUGUUAAAGCGCUGAGCUGAUGUACUUGCAGACCGAAAGGUCCCAGGUUCAAAUCCAGGGAGCGGAUUGAGCACCCGCUGUUAGCUCCAGCUUCUGCCAACCUAGCAGUUCGAAAACAUGCCAAUGUGAGUAGAUCAAUAGGAAGGUAACUGCGUUCCAUGCAGUCAUGCCGGCCAUAUGACCUUGGAGGUGUCUACGGACAACGCCGGCUCUUUGGCUUAGAAAUGGAGAUGAGCACCAACCCCCAGAGUCGGACAUGACUGGACUUAACGUCAGGGGAAACCUUUACCUUUUACUAUAUGUCAUAAUGGGAUUUAGAGAUACUGAGGGGGAGCAGGGCCAAAAAAAAAAAAAGGUGGGAAGAAUGGCUUUAAAUCCAAUGGUUGAGGAAGAUUAAAGACCCACAACUGCCCUUGCCAAGCUGAGGCAAAUGAAGCCCUAUCCCAAAAGCAGGGCGGCCAUGACAGGCUGAGCUAGGCCUCUGUUUCUUUGGCGGGAAAUGAUUGGCUGGUGGGGCUCACAAAAAUAACACAAUUCUCUCCACCCUUGUCCCUUGAACCAGCGGUGGUUUGGUGUACACACUGCUCUUUAUUUCAAUGUUAGUUUUUCUGUGAGAAGUGCCAUGCUUUCAAGGAAUCCUCAGGGUCCAAAAUGAGUGGGAGGAAAGUGUGGAUUGAAGGCGGGUAACGUCCCUUUCGGCCCUCUGUGUUCGGUGCCAAAACCAUAAAGAGAAGCGAGGCCUUGUGUCCUGCAGCAACUCCAACUGAGGAGAACUUUGCCUGGAUUAGAAGAGGCAAAUGUUGGCAAUCUCUAUAAUAAUUCCUCUCAGGCUGGUCCCCUGGAGCAGGUGCAGCUAAAGAGUAAGAAAAAUAACACAAAAUGGCAACUGGAAAACAACAAAAAAUACAGUGUGAGAUUAAAACUGAUCUUAAUUUACUACUUGAAUGUCUUAAGUAUCAAAUGGACCAUCCUGCUUCUCAAAAGGAAGCCUUGCUUACCAUUUAUUCAGCUUGUCAGCAAAACAGUAAUGCAAGUGAUUAUUUCCGAGAAAUAGGUGGUUUGCUUUUUAUACAUGGCCUUGCGAAAUCAAGUGUGCACAGCAUGGUAAAGGAAGCUGCUUUAUUUACAUUAGGAGGCUUAGCUGAGACAAAUGUAUUUUCCCAACAGAUGUUAUGCACUUCGGGACUAUUUAAAGAUCUUCAUAAGGUUUUGACUAACAAGGAUUCAAGUGUAAAUUUGAAGAGAAUGUCUGUUUAUGUCUUAUUAGUGCUGGUCUCAAACAACAAGAGUGGACAAACACAUGUGAGAGAAUCUGGCUGCCUAGAUGUUCUGUUGCACUUAUUUAGAACAAUUAUUUCAGCAUCCCAGGGAAAUCUUCUGGAUCAAAAUAUUAGUCAAUAUCAGCUGUGGUCUUCAGUGUGUAGUACUCUCUGUGCUUGUGUCAAUAACCCCCAGAAUGAUGACAACCAGAGAACCUGCAGUUUGGUUUUUCCAUAUGCAAAAGACUUGCUACAAAGCUCUAUAAAGCCUGAGAUAGUGCGUCCAAUAUGCUCAUUCAUUGGGCUCACAGUUGCAAACAACUCAAAAAUACAGUGUGUUUUUGUUUCUAUUGGUGGAUUGGCUGUGUUGGAUAAGCUUCUUGUCAAGCUGACACAUAAUUCUCUUGAGAAUUCUUCAAACACAAAACUUGCUGUAGUGGUGACCAAAACUUUGGAUGCCUGUAUUACUGAUAACCCUACAAUUGGAAUCAGCUUGCCAAAGUACAGUAUUGUGCCAAAUCUUCUGACUCUGCUAUCUAACAACUUUCUGGAUCCAGGAGAACAAUUUAGUAUUAUACUUACCCUUGGACAUUGUACAGAAAGCUGUGAAGAAAAUCAGUACACUCUGGUGAAGAACAAUGGCCUUCCGGUUAUGAUUCAAGCACUAACUGAAUCACAGGAUGAAGAACUAAAUAAGGCUGCAACCUUUGUGCUACAAAAUUGCAAACAGGCCAUGGAGAAGUUAUCAUUGCAGUUAAGUGAGCAGCCAGGAAAAAUGGAUGAUGACACGGGAAAAUUGGAGAUAGAUAUGCAGAGGAAAAAAAUAAUUCUUGAAGACCACUGGAAGGGAGCAAGAGAAAUUUUACAUAGAAUCGAAAGGCUUGAAAAGGAGGAAAAAAAGAAAAGGCAAAUAAAUGAUGGUGGUAGUCCUCAAGAUAUCAUCCCACAGACUGCAUCAAAUCACCUUAAAGCAAGUGCAAACAAGGAACAAUUUAAUAAAAGCAUCACAUCUACAAAAGUGGAACAACUCGUGAAUUCUGUAUCUGCUCAGCUGAUUGCUGCAAAAUUUGUAAAUCCUUCUUCUAAGAAUGAACUACUAAAGCUUGCCAAAAGAAAUUGGACUGAUGCUUCAAUUAGUCAAAAUGAAUGUAAUAACUACCAUCAUUCCACAAAUAAAAUUGGCACAGAAUAUAUAAACAAAGUGCAUGUGAGAAGUAAAAACGCUAUUUGCGAAUCCUGUAAAUCUGCUGCUCAGGCAAGAGAAUUCUUGUUUGAGCAACCAGAUUUUAUAAUUACAAGCAAGCCUCAACAAGGACAAAAUACAGAGCCACAAUGUUUAAGCAUAACAAGCCAGAGAACAGGACCUAUUACUGAAAACCCUAGCAUAUCAGUGCUAAGGUGCUCAGGUUGUCAAACGAUAGGACUUUCCUUAAAUAGCAGAAAUUUUAGUAAGAUUUUACAGACUUGUCAAUAUCUGUGUGAGAAACACAGACUUAUUCUACAGACUGAAAUGAAAUAUAAAAGGAAGCUUAAAGGAUCUAUUGUUUUCCAUAGAAAUACAUCUCUAAACUAUAAUGAAAAUCCUCAAACCAAACAGAAUGUAAGCUGCAAGAAACAAACAGUCAGUGCAAAAUAUAGCUUUAAAGACCAGGAUCAGAAUGAAAAAUAUACUUACUUGCUUGAAGAUGAGAACACUGAAGUUCCCCUAUCAGAUAUUUCGGCAACAGCUUUUAAAAAAGUCAAACGGAGAACCAGGAAAGAUUUUACAUCAGAAGAAAUAAUUUACCUUCUUGAUGGUGUAAAGAAAAUGGGGCAUCACUGGAAUACAAUUUUGUGGGCAUAUCCAUUUCAAAAUGGAAGGACCAAUGUUGAUCUGGCUAAGAAAUACUGCAAAUUACAGAAGAAUGAAAACCAAAAAAUAUGCGACAGCAAAAGAAUACUGUCAAACAACUAGAAUUAAUUCUGAUUUAAGCUCUUCAGCUCAUAUUUAUUUCACAGAGAUCAUUUCUUUGUUUGUUUCUGAGGAUUUAGUUGUAUAGGUUCUUUAAAUCUUUAAACCAGCAGAUUUAAUUAUUAUUAAAAGAAUAUAUAUAAGCAAUAGUUUCAAAUUGUGAUACUAUUGUAAAAAAUUUAGCCACUGUAUUUUCAAGUGUUUUACUAUAUUUAGAAAAAACAAAUAUUCCUAAAAACAUAGAUGAACACAUAUAGAUGUGCUUGCUAUAAAAUACUAUUGCAAAAGUUUAUGUUAAAUAUGUGUGGGCUGCACUUUUAUUUGUUUUUUAUUUAAGCUUUCCUCCCUCUUCACAGCAAACCAAGGCAUAUGAGUUAUAAUUCUUUCCCCCCCUUUUAGCAUCUCCUGCAAUAGCAUAGCAGAACUAAUUUAUUUUCUCCCACCCUUUGCCCUUUUUCUUCAUCAGAAUAAAUAAUUAAUCCGAAAGAAAAUA